AUGGCAACUGCCGAUUCGCCGACUGGAACGGUCAUUGGAGGGGUGUGUGGGUUUGGAUUCCAACUCGCGCGUGACAGUCCCUCGACGUACUUUGGUGCGGAUCUGCUGCAUCGCGCCUUCCACGUGCCGCAGUUUGUCAACGAAAAGAUCCACCACUACGCAGACACCUACGCCGACUGCCUCGAACUUGCAAAGACGAACGCCUCCGCCGCUGUCACCAACCAGUACAGCCUCCAGUACUUUGCUGUCGACGUCUACUCGAGAAACAUGGUCAAGAACGGCUGUGUAGGCAAGGUCGAAGACAAGCACGACCACAGUCACGCAACGACCAGUGCAGCGGCUCCCGCUCAGACCCAGGCACAGACUUCGUCCAGCGCAGCUCCAAGUGCAACGGCUCCCGCGGCGUCGGCUGAUUGCCACACCCACGCUGACGGCUCGGUCCACUGCGGAACUCACUAA